AUGAAGGAGGUGAAAGAGGCUGAGAAGAUGGGCACAUUGGUUGAGUUCUUCGGUACAGGCACUGUGGCAGUCAUCACUCUCGUCGACCGCAUCGGUUAUCUCGGCGAAGAUAUUUAUAUCCCGACUGGUCCGAAUGGCAUGAGCCCCAUUUCGCCGCCCAUUUCGAACCAGUUAACUAGCAUCUAA